AUGUCUGCUGAUACAUCUGGUUUCUCAUUAUCGUCCCGAAUAGCAUCGCUGGUUCAUGCACAUUUCGAUGCUCUGCCAACGCGCAGUAAACCAACCAUAUUUCCAGAUGGAUCGAGGGAAUGGAUUCCAAUGACCGGUAUUGUGGUUGUCAAAGGUAUUAACAUUUUUGUCUCUUCGCUUAUAGGAAAAGAUACACCUUCGGAAAGUCUGACCUGCAUAUCUGUCACUCAUAUGCAAGCGACCUACAUUCAAGAAAACUUAUAUUUAUGUAGGAGUGGCGCAAAAUGCUUGUCGGCAUCUCAUAUCCCACGCUGCAGGGGUCUUGUACUACAUGACUGUCAUGCCGAGAUAUUGGCCAUCCGAGCAUUCAAUUAUUGGCUUUUGACAGAAUGCAACAGUGUCAUAUCCCGAAAAAAGCAAUUACCGAAUGGCCAUGAUACUUCUACCCUUGAUAAUCAAAGUGUCUUGGAUUCUCCAUUCAUACAAAGGAGAAAUAAUGAAGAGGAUGAAGAUAGUAUUGGUACAUCACCCACAGAAUGGCCGCCUUUUAAGCUUCGGCCUGAUAUCAAGAUUUACAUGUAUUGCACAUGUGCUCCAUGCGGCGACGCAAGCAUGGAGCUCUGCAUGGCAGCCCAAGAAGAUGCGACCCCGUGGGAAGUCUUACAGCAAGAAGGUCCUUUGCCAAAAAUCCAAGACGCAGAGGUCCCAGCUACAGAGACCCUUCUAGAUGGCCGGGCCCAUUUCUCUCUUCUCGGAGUCGUGCGUCGAAAGCCAGCCCGCAUGGACGCCGAGUCAACGCGCAGCAAGUCCUGCUCAGACAAGCUUGCAUUACGGCAAGUCUCCUCCUUGCUGUCCUGUGAGACCAGUCGCCUCAUUGCUCCCACCGAAAACGCCUAUCUGGCAGGUCUGGUUCUUCCCGAAAACGAAAUAAGCCAAGUUGGCUGUGACCGCUCCUUUGGCGAGAAUGGCCGAAUGCAGGCUUUGGGUGGGCGAUAUUGGCCCAAGGAGAUAGAAGUCAAAGAAAACACCCCGGGGUAUCGAUUCCGGCCAUUCCAGGUUCUUUCGGUGCCGAGUGAAGAGGUGGCAGCGCUUUGGCCUUUUGCGAAGCCGAAAGCUGUGCCCUGUCCUGCAACUUCUCUGGAGCAGCAAGGAGACCCUUUGAGCUCCAGUGCAAAUCUUAAAAAGAUCAGGCCAGGGAAUGUGAGCGCCGUUUGGGUAUUGGCUCCCUCGUAUCAUCACCCAUCGGCAAUGACCAUGGAUACCGGCAGCAAGCCAGUGCCAACUCUUUGCCGUUCCAAAACCGGCUUGUAUGAGACCAUCAUCAACGGAGUGAAGCAAGGAAACCGGGCAUCCUCACCUGGUGCCCGUGGGGCCUCGUCUCUAUCCCGAGCUAAGCUUUGGGCUCUUUUUCGCGAAAUUGCGCCUGCCUUUGUUCCACAUACUUAUCAAACCGAUGUCUCCCCAGCCGGAUCGCCGUCCGCUGCUUCAAAGGCUGAAAAUCCGCACGUCGAUACAGUUCAGCACCACGUGCCAGAUAUAACCACCUACCAGGAUUUCAAAAAUCCUACCAGAUUAGGAGACCCGUUGCAAAUCCGUAUGCAGGCCAUCGGGGAUGCGAAACUGGUUCUCAAGGGAUGGAUGCCCAAUGCAGGAGAUGAAUCUUGGGGUUUGGAUGUUUUGGUUGACCCCAAGAAGCGAAAGCGUUGA